AAACGGAACAAAAAUGCCAAACAAAUUGGGUUGGACAUUGCAGUUGUCGGUGCGAGCUCAUCGAGGCGCAAAAUGGAAUCCGUUAAAUUUUUCCUUUGUCUUGCCUUUCUUUGUUCUUCGGCCUUUGCUCUGAACAUCAAACAUAAGGGGCGAUUGAAUACAAAUGAAGAUGAAGCUAUCGCUUUCCUGGAGCACUACGACGCCGAGUACGGCCCAAUUCUCAAUCAAUACGUUCUCGCAUCAUGGAAUUACGAAACCAAUUUGACCGAUGAAAACGCAAUGGCCGUUGCUGAAGCUGGCGGAGUGGCUGGAGCCUAUUACGCGCAAGCCAGUGCCAAUGCUUCGACAUUUGACACGACCAACUUUAGCGAAGAUACUAAACGUCAAUUUUCUUACCUGCAAUCCGUCAGUUUAGAUGAUGCCGAGUCGGAGGAAUUGUACAACAUCCUCAGUGAAAUGGGCCGCAUCUACGGCAGUUACCAGGCUUGUAGAACUAAUCCGUCGACUGGACUCAACGAGUGCAUGUAUCUGGAACCGGAAUUGACCGAGCUGAUGGCCGAGAUUGGCAAUGACGACGACCAUUUGUGGGCGUGGCAAGCAUGGCACGACGGAGUGGGUCGCCAAUUGCGUCCGCUCUAUUUGCGCUAUGUGGAACUGUCGAACAAACAGGCCCAGCUCAACGGCUACGCCGAUUACGGAGACCAAUGGCGUCAAAAGUACGAGACCACCGAAAUGGAGACGAUCGUCCAGGAUCUUUACAGCCAAGUCGAGCCUCUGUACAAGCAGCUGCACGCCUACAUCCGUCGAAAGCUCUACAACACUUACGGAGCCAAUAACAUUGACUUGCGUGGACCUCUGCCUGCCCAUCUUUUGGGCGACAUGUGGGGCCGUUUCUGGGUCAAUUUGAACCCCAUCGCCAUUCCUUAUCCCGACAAACCGUCGACUGAUCCUUCACCGGAAAUGAUCCGUCAAAAUUACACAGUUGAACGCAUGUUCCGCACCGGAAACGACUUCUACACUUCCAUGGGUUUGCUGCCGGUGCCCGAGACUUUCUGGAACUUGUCCAUGUUGGAGAAGCCAACAGACGGGCGUGAAGUCGCUUGUCACGCAACGGCAUGGGAUUUCUACGACGCCAAGGAUUUCAGGAUUCGAAUGUGCGCUCGAGUUGUUUUUGAAGAUUUCCAGACUGUCCACCACGAACUGGGUCACAUUCAAUACUUUAUGCAAUAUGCAUUUCAGCCACUCAACUACAGGGAUGGAGCCAACGACGGAUUUCACGAGGCUGUCGGAGAGCUCAUGUCGAUGAGUUUCUCCACCACCAAACAUCUCAACACUCUUGGACUACUUAACGUUCCAGAUGAUCCAGAUGUGGACAUGAACUUUUUGCUUUUCCAAGCGUUAAACACCAUUUCAACAUUGCCGUUCCAUUUGACUCAAGACACUUGGCGCUGGAACAUGUUCAGAGGUGACAUCCCAGAAGCCGAACUCAACACCCAAUACUGGGCCGACAAAGCUCGAGUGCUAGGAGUGGCGCCACCUGUGGGACGUGAUCCCGCCCAGGAUCUGGACAUUACGGCCAUUUUCCACGUCUGCAACAAUUACGACAUGAUCCGCUAUUUCAUGCGCACUUUCUUCCAAUAUCAAUUCAAUGAAGUGCUCUGCACCGCGGCCGGCCAUGUUGGACCACUUUACAAAUGCGAUUUCUACAACUCGACCGCUGCUGGAGAUGCUCUUAAGGCAAUGUUGCAAUUAGGAGCCUCUAAACCUUGGCAAGAUGCCAUGGAAGCCAUGACUGGUCAGCGCGAUGUCCUUGCUACUCCUCUGCUCAAUUACUUUGAGCCAUUGAGGGUGUGGCUGGAAGCUGAGAAUGCUAAGAAUGGCGAAUACAUUGGAUGGGACGUUCCAGCAUCUAAAGUCGAAUCACCCAUCGAAAAAAUAGUCGAAGCCAAGAAAGAAGGAUCGUCUCCAUUAAUCAGCAAAGAGGCGGCCAAAUAUCUGGCACCCAUUUUCGAAGAAACGCUUCAUUCGUUGCGCAACAUUCGAUUUUAAAAGAUUAAUGGCACAUUUACCCGAACAUUUUUAAAUACAAAAUUAAUUGCAUCAAA